AGCCCAAUACUCAAACCCAAAAAGAAAAAAAAAUUAUUUGGCGGGAACGUGUUGAUUGAACAACCAUCAUUUCUCCUUCUUUUUGUUCUUCAUCUUCUUCUCCGACUCAACAACAACAAAAAUGCAGUUUGAUUCAGAUUCAGACUCCGACGGAUCUCACGUCUCCACAACGCCUCCAAGGCAAACAAGCCCACCGCCACCAUUACCACCAAAACCACCGCGUCCAGUUUCCAACAAAAAAUCCAAAAUCAAAACCAAACCCUCAAAAUCCAAUAAACCCCCUUCAAAACCUCCCGAAACUCUCAUCCAACAAGAAGAUAAUUUCCCACUCCCUUCCAUCACUUCCCUUCCUUUCCAAAUCCGACUCAGAACUUCCGACGGACCUUCAACUUCAUCUUCCCACUCCAUGGAAACCCUCCCUGCUGGCUUCUUCUCCAAAUCAAUUUCAUUCUCCAAAAUUCGUAAACCCUUACUCAAUCUAGAACCUUCUGAAUCCCAACCAGUUCUUAACUCCCCCAAAACCAUCGUGCAUUCUGCGGAGAAACCUCCCAAUUUGAUCGGUGCUAAGAAACCUCCCAAUUUAAGUGAUGCUAAGAAGCCUCCUAAUUUGAUUGCUGCUAAGAAACCUCCUAAUUUGAUUGGUGCUAGUUUGCCAACGCCGGCAGUGAAGGUACUACGAGGCGCCGGAGAAGGAAAUUUUGUGAAAUUGAAUUUGAGUGGUAAGAGGAAAAAGUUUUUGAAUAAAGGGUGGAAGAAAAAUGGAAAAUUUGGCAGUGGUAAAAGGUAUAGAAGAAAUAGUUAUAGUAAUAGUAGUAGUAAAAAUAAACGUACAAAAUUGGAAGGUGAAGGGGAGGACAAUGAGGAGGAUGGUUUGGGUUUAGAGAAUGCAAAGCAAAAACAGAAGCAAAAUGGUUGGGAAAUUGAGUGCAAAGUGUUGGAGGAGGCUGUGUUAGCAGCAAGAGCUGAAGCUUCUGAUGAGAAUUUGGUGAAGCUGUUGAAAUUGAUUCAUGGUUAUGAUUCUUUUCGAGAAGGGCAGCUUGAGGCUAUCAAGAAUGUUCUUGCUGGGAAGUCAACUAUGCUUAUUUUGCCCACUGGUGCAGGGAAGUCGUUGUGUUAUCAGUUGAGUGCGUUGAUUUUGCCCGGGAUUACACUUGUUGUUAGUCCAUUGCUAGCUUUGAUGAUUGACCAGCUUAAGCAAUUGCCUCCACUCAUUUCGGGUGCCAUCCUAAGCAGUGCGCAAACGCUUGAGGAAUCAUCUGAAACGCUCAGCCAGCUUCGGCAAGGCACAAUAAAGGUGCUUUUUGUUUCACCCGAGCGGUUUUUGAAUAAGGAGUUUCUGUCUGCUAUCUCUGCUGGGUCAGCUGUUUCACUCGUUGUUAUUGACGAAGCACAUUGUAUAUCUGAAUGGUCUCACAAUUUCCGACCUUCAUUCAUGAGACUUAGAGCAUCACUACUUCAAAGAAGUCUUAAUGUAGGUUCUGUUCUCGCAAUGACAGCAACUGCUACAACCACAACUUUAGAUUCCAUCAUGUCUGCCCUAGAUAUUCCUUUCAUAAAUCUUAUUCAGAAUGCACACUUAAGGGACAAUCUGCGUUUGUCGGUGUCUUUGAUAAAAAAUAGGCAAGUUAGAUGCUUCUAUUUUACUGCUUCUGACUGUAUUCCUUUUAACUUUCCUAGACUGAUUUUGUUAAACAAAUACAUCAAUGAUAGAAUGAAAGACCUACUGGUUCUGAUCAAGUCUCCUCCUUUCACGGAAGUUAAAAGCAUCAUAGUAUACUGCAAAUUUCAGUCUGAAACUGAUCAAAUUAGCAGAUACCUGAAUGAUAACAAUAUCUCGGCAAAGAGUUAUCAUAGUGGUAUUUUUGCAAAGGAACGUGGCUACGUACAGGAGUUGUUUGGUUCAAACAAGAUCAGAGUGGUUGUUGCAACUGUGGCAUUUGGCAUGGGACUAGAUAAAAGUGAUGUUGGAGCAGUAAUUCAUUACAGUUUACCUGGAAGUCUGGAAGAGUAUGUACAGGAGAUAGGACGUGCUGGGAGGGAUGGGAGAUUGUCCUAUUGUCACCUAUUUUAUGAUGAUGAGAUGUAUUUCAAACUCCGUAGUCUAAUGUAUAGUGAAGGAGUAGAUGAAUAUGCAGUGAAUAAAUUUCUGUCUGAAGUGUUUCCUGCUGACAAAAGCUCCUGUGGGAAAAUCCGUUCGUUAAUCAAAGAAUCUGCUUCACGCAGAUUUGAUAUGAAGGAAGAGGUGAUUCUCACAGUUUUGACACGCUUAGAGCUGGGUGAUGUGCAGUACUUACAAUUACUUCCACAGACAAAUGUUACUUGUCUUCUGAAUUUUUAUAAGACUCCGGCUGCGUCCCUUGCCCAAAAGAUUUCUGCUAUUGCUGUGAUUCUGAAAAGAUCUGAAAAUAAGCACGGACAACAUACUUUUGAUAUUCCAACUGUGGCAAAUGACAUGGGGGUCACACCAUUUGAAUUAACAAAUCAGCUGUAUGACCUAAAGUUGAAGGGAGAAAUAACUUAUGAAAUGAAAGACAUGGCCUACUGUUAUAGGAUUCUUGAAGUUCCAACAGACUUUUUGUCUCUAUCGGCAGAUAUUACCCAAUGGUUAUCUGAAGUUGAAAGUUGUAAGGUGCGGAAAAUGGAUGCAAUGUUUAAUGCUGCAUAUUUUGCAGUCAAUCUAUGUGAUAAGAUGAACGAUUGCAGUAGUGCUGAUCACACUUCAUGUUUGCAAAGGAUAAUAUUGGACUACUUUGCUGGAGUUGAUAAUAUUGAUUUCUGCCAGAAAAUUGAUCAAAGCAGUCCUUUCCUGCGAGCAGAUAUAAAGGUCUUUCUACAGAGCAAUUCACAUGCCCGCUUUACACCAAGAGCUGUUGCGAGGGUAAUGCACGGAAUUGCAAGCCCAGCCUACCCAUAUACAAUAUGGGGUAAAACCCAUUUCUGGGGAAGGUAUACCAAGAUAGACUUUAAAGUGGUGAUGGAAGCAGCUAAGGAAGAGCUUAAAAAAUCUGUUGGGAAGGAUAUUCUGUAGAGAUUUAUGAUUGAUUUUAGUAUUUUCCAUCUACCAAAUUUGCACACCCAAACGUUUGUGUGCAUUGAUUGGAGGGGAGCUGGGGUGCUCAAUUUUUUUGGACCUGUGAACUUGUUUCGUGCCAUUUUAUCAUUGUCGAAAUUAUGGUGCCAGCACUUGUCUGUUACUCCAGGUAGAGACGAGCAAAAUGAAAAUCAAGCUCUGCCUCGUUAUCAGUGCCAUCUAGAUGGAAGAAAUCAAGAAUUUACAAUCUUUUUGUUGCUGUCUCCUUGUUGUAGAAAGUUAUCCCUCAGGUCAAAAAGGAAAAGGUUGAUGAACUCAACUUUAAGUUUUUCUUCUCUUUUCUUUUUCUCCAUGUACAAUAAUGAAGGAUGAUAUUUAUUAACAGGCUCAAAUGUAUAUUGCAUGGAUAUUUUCUCCAUUUGCAAAACAGUUAGGAUAAGGUACAUGAGUAAAAUAUAUAUGUUGCUUCUGUUGAAA